AUGUGCCCGUUCACCUCGCCUGAGUCAGAGUCGGAGUCAGGUGGCGACGAGGCUGAGGGCGGGGAGUCGGAAGUGGACAGCCAAGUCAGCGAUCCGAGCGUGGAUGCAGACUCGCUGCCACCCGUGAACAUUCACGAGCGCCCCACAAGGCAAACCCGUGGGCGCCGCUGGACCGUACUGGAUGGCAAGGACAAGGUGGAUGAUGAGGACUUCUGGGGUCGCGCUGACUUCGAAGACGCCUCCUCCGACAGCGAGUUCCGCGCGGAGGAUUCAGAUGAGGAGACGGAGGAUUCUGACCUCAGCCGUGCCAAGGACAGCGAAAGUGAGGAGGAGGCGGAAAUGCCUGCCGAGGAGGGAAACAAGAGAGCGGCGAAGAUGAAAGCUCCCUUUCCCGUGGUCAGGCCGCGCGUGCCAGCCCCAGCGCCCAAGGCGCCCCGGGCACCCCGGGCGCCCCGGGUGGUUCGGGUGAUGCCCCCGUCGGACAGGACCCUUCGGCAGUCCACCCUGGAGCAGCGCCGGGAGCGGCCUGACGACAAGGCCGCGAAGUCGGGCGUGCAGCAGGCCUGGGCUGUCCGUCGUUUUGGGGAAGACAUGAGUGUGAGAACCCAGCCGUAA